AGCAGGAGGCCGGGCGGGGCCCGCGCUGCAGCCGCCUGCCCUGUGGACCCGCGAGGCGCGGGAGCCCGGCUGUGGGCUAGCUCGCCGAGCCGCUGCCUUUGUGACGGUUCUUUUGCGCCUGCAGGUGCCGAUCGUAGCUUCACUUGCUCGAUAUCUCCUGCUUCUCAGGAAGUUCUGUCAGGAACAAGGAGGGCAUGGAGGCUGAGUUGCUAACUGCCCGGUCCCACACACUGGUGACCUUCAAGGACAUACUUGUGAACUUCACCAGGGAAGAGUGGAAACUGUUGGACACUGCUCAGCAGAUCAUGUACAAAGAUGUGAUGCUGGAAAACUACAGAAACCUGGUGUCUUUAGGGCAUCAGCUUCCCAAACCAGAUGUGAUCCUGCGGUUGGAGAAGGGGGAGGAGCCAUGGCUGGUGGAGAGAGAGAUUCACCAAGAGACCCAUCCAGAUUUGGAAACUCCAGUUGAAAUUAAAUCAACUUUCAGUAAGAGCAUUUCUAAAGAUAAAUACUCCUGUGAUGUUAAAAUGGAAAGAAUGGCAAAGAGUGAUCUCUGGUAUUUGUCACUGGAAGAAGUCUGGACAUGUGGUGGUCAGUUGGACAGGCCCCAGGACAGCCAGGAGAGACAUCUGAGGCAAGUGGCAUUCACCCAAAAGAAAGUACUUCCUCAGGAGAGGGUAUAUGAAAAUAGGAAGUACAGGGGAAACUGUCUUCUGCCUGCUCAACUAGUACUGCAAGAGUAUUUCUAUAAACAUGACUCAAAUCCUAAAAAUUUGAAACACAGUUUGGUUUUCAGUGGUCAUCAGGAAAGCUGUGCAAGCAACAGUAAUGAAUCCAGUCAAACUUUCUGUCAAAACAUCCACCUUAUUCAAUUUGCAAGAACUCAAGCAGGAGAUAAAUCAUACAGAUGCCCUGAUAACAGUUCUCUUACUCAUGGUACAUCCCUUGGUAUAUCAAAGGGUACUCAUAGAGAAAAACCCUAUGAAUGUAAGGAAUGUGGAAAAUUCUUCAGUUGGCGUUCUAAUCUUACCAGGCACCGACUUAUUCAUACUGGAGAAAAACCUUACGAAUGUAAGGAAUGUGGAAAAUCUUUCAGCCGAAGUUCUCACCUCAUUGGACAUCAAAAGACUCAUACCGGUGAAGAACCCUAUGAGUGUAAAGAAUGUGGAAAAUCCUUCAGCUGGUUCUCUCACCUUGUUACCCAUCAGAGAACUCAUACAGGAGACAAACUGUACACGUGUAAUCAAUGUGGAAAGUCUUUCGUUCACAGCUCUAGGCUUAUUAGGCACCAGAGAACUCACACUGGAGAGAAACCUUAUGAAUGUCCUGAAUGUGGGAAAUCUUUCAGACAGAGCACACAUCUCAUUCUGCAUCAGAGAACUCAUGUUAGAGUGAGGCCCUAUGAAUGCAGUGAAUGUGGGAAGUCUUACAGCCAGAGAUCUCACCUUGUUGUCCACCACAGAACUCACACUGGGCUGAAACCGUUUGAGUGUAAAGACUGUGGAAAAUGCUUCAGUCGAAGCUCUCACCUUUUCUCACAUCAGAGAACCCAUACUGGGGAGAAACCAUAUGAAUGCCAUGACUGUGGAAAAUCCUUUAGCCAGAGUUCUGCCCUCAUUGUACACCAAAGAAUUCAUACUGGAGAGAAACCGUAUGAGUGUUGUCAGUGUGGGAAAGCCUUCAUUAGAAAGAAUGACCUUAUUAAGCAUCAGAGGGUUCAUGUUGGAGAUGAGACCUAUAAAUGUAAUCAGUGUGGAAUCAUCUUCAGCCAGAACUCUCCACUUAUAGUAUAUCAAAUAGCUCACACCGGAGAGCAGUUCCUAACAUGUAAUCAGUGUGGGACAACACUUGUUAAUACCCCUAAUGUUAUUAGAUACCAGACAAAUCUUAUUAGGGAAAAUGCAUAUUAAUGUCAUAAAGACAGACUACUUCCCAAAGAGCAAUAACUUUAUUUAGCACUUGAGAGAUUCUUUAGGAGAGAAGUUGCUUUCAGUCUUGUUCCUACACUUUUGUGCAGUAGAGAAUUGGCCCUGGAGGGGGAAAAACACAAAAUUUUCACCUUAGUAUGUCAAAUUGUCUUCUUUCCCCAAAUUCCUACAAAAGUAAUUGGUCUGGGAGUAUUCAUGGACAAGCCUUAAAUGCUAAAAUCUGAGAAGGAACCAUUAGGUAGGCGAGUUGUUGAUAAGCAAUCCAGCUUUGUUUCCUUCAAAACAAAUGAGAGCACUACCUCUAAAAGACAAAUGAGAACUGUUGCUGAGGAGAAUAAAAAAUGGAUAUAGUUAUGGUAACAAACAAUAGAAAAUGAUAUUCCAGUGAAUUAAUAUCCCAUUUUUCACUUGAUCAUCCCUCUCUCCUGGGACACUUUGUAGUUCAUUUAGUUUUAUGCAUCUGAUAUAAACCAUACUUUGGCUAGCAGCAGGGAAGAUCUUAUAAUGAAAAGUGGUGAAGGAAGAACUCGUUUACUACCAGUAGUACCCAGGUUAGAUAUAUUUGCUUGUGGGCAAGAACUGAAAACGUAUAUAUGGAUAAAUGAACAAAAUUGAGUUGUUAGAUAAUGGAAUUAUGAAUAAGUUUUAUAGUCUAGCUGAUGUCACUGUAACAAUUUGAAGACACUUUUAAAUAUUAAAAAAGUAUAUUGGUUUCUCUAUUCCACUAUUAGUGAAGCUUGAGAACCUCCUGCUAGCAAACUUUCCCAUCACUUCUAAGUGUGUGUGGAGCCUUAGAAUUAUGCUUCUUGGGACAAGCUGCCAAAGGCUCCAGGGAGCUUAAAACACAAUGCUUCUCUGGAUGUUGGGACCUAAAAGAGUGGCAAACUUGGGCACACUAGAGAGGGUCUCCAUUUGAGCAGGAGUGGGUGCCUGGGCAAUACCUAGCACAAGUAUGCUCCUAAAAUAAACAGUGUUGCUCAAGGCAACCCUCCUUCCAAAGUAGUCUCAUAUCUUUGUGAAGAAAACAGUGGUCAAGAGUGUAUAUUUGAGCUGGACUUCCAAGUUGAAAUCUGUCCAUCACUUGCUGUGUGACCUUGGGCAUGCUGCCUGGCCUCUCUGUGUGUGAAUUACAGAUGUCCUCCUCUGCAGAUUAGAGAUGACAUCACUUACCUCAUGGGAUUGUGGUGAGUAGUAAAUGAGUAACAUACAAACAGUGCAGAAUAUGCCUGACAUGUAUGAAGUGUUUCAUUACAUUAGCUGUGAUUAUUAAUAUUACUUUAUUGUCCCGCUCAAGUGUUUCUCUUUUACUUUAAACCGACUCAAUUGCUGGCAAGAACUGGCUGAGUUCUCAUUUCCCUUCCAGUCACAUAUGUCUUCCCUUUUACCCACAUUAGAACUUAUCACCCAAGGAAUCACUCACCCACAGUGGGUGUUUGGAUAUAUUUAUGAGGAUUAGUAAACAACUUUUAAUCUUGUGUGCAAAAGCAAUCUCUUUUAUACAGAGGCUUUCCCUUCAGGGAGAGGAUCCUAGUCUUCAUAUUUUCUGUUUAGUCCAUGACCUAAAAAAGAUUUAGAAAGAGAACCUGUUUUAAUUCUCUGUUUCAUUCUGGCUCUUG